AUGGUUCGUGGUAGUGAUAUCAUUCUCAUCUUGGUUGCAAUCUUAUUCCCACCUGCUGCAGUGGCAGUCUUAACAGGAUGCUCAUGUGAUCUCUUGAUCAACAUUUGCUUGACAAUCUUGGGUUAUCUUCCCGGUCACGUCCAUGCUUUCUGGCUCAUCUACAAGAAGAUGAAGGCCGAAGAACAAUAUGGCUUGAACGGAUUCGUUUACGUUGGAAGCGGAAAGUACGAAGCUAAACCAGGUGCACAAAUCAACGUUCCACCACCAAACUACGGAGCUGUGCCACAAUAGAGCACUAUGAGCUCAACUUUCAUCUUAGGGUGUUUCUUAUCAGAUCGGCUACAGAUGAAUUGAUUCACCAUCAUUUUCCAUAUUCUCUUGUUUGCUCUCCCUUGCACAAUGUCAUCCAAAAGCUAUUUUUUCCACUGUCAAUGGAUAUUAUAAGAAUAUCAAUAGCAUUAUGAUGAUUACCAUCAUACGUCCUUGUACGGCCGG